AUGACAACAAAUAAUAACAAUCGAAACAACAGAACGCGGAUGGAUGUGAAUGAGGCGGAGAGGGACACCUGUCCCAAUCCGUUUGGUAGAAGCGGGCUAAGGCGCUCGCCGGUUAGGCAACCCGCCGAGCCGGUGAGGACGCCAGUCGAAAGUGGUGAGGGCGGUGACCCCCUUGCAGAGGUUCAGCAGGCAGUCGAGGAACUCCUAAGCUCUCCGGAGCUUCAGGACCCUGAGACCCCUGCUGAACUGGCCGUAGCGAUGGCCGGGAUGGAAGACCUCGUGGACUGCGUUAGGAAAAAAUCUAACAUCCACAAAGAGGUGCGAGAGAAGCUCGCAAAUGUGAUGGCCCUGUUUGUGAAAGCAAACAGGGCGGUGGUGAGCUUGCUCACAGCUCCGGAAUGCCGGACGAGGGCACGCGAAGACGCUGCGACUCCCCUUCGGGCAGAUACAACCCGCCCGAAGAAGGUCAGCGUCUGUGUACAAACGGAUGGCAAUACAGAGGUAGCCGGAAACGGCAAGAGGAAAAGGGGGUCACCAGGCGAGACGAGGCCAGGAGCCCCAAAAAAGCGGGCCCGGGAUCCUACGGUCCGGCAGGAUCCGGGCGAUGAUAAUGAGAGUGUUGGAGACGCGGGCGGCCAAGUUCCUGAUGCCCCAACAGGGUGGCAGACAGUUGGGCGUAAGAGGAAAAGGACCACCAAGGCCAAACCCAAGCCCAAGCCCAAGCCCAAACGGGUCAGGGACAAGGGGGAGGCUUUGGUGGUAAAGGCCCCCGAAGGCACCUACGCUGACGUCCUCCGUCAAAUGAGGACGAGCGAUAGGCUGGUGGGCCUUGGAGGGGAUGUGAGGAGAAUCCGCCGAACUCGUUCCGGCGAGAUGAUCCUCGAGCUCCGACGUGGCUCCCAGAUCAAGAGCUCGGAAUACAGCGCCCUCACGCAAGAGAUUGUGGGGGGUGCUGCAGAAAUCCGUGCCCUCAGCACCACGGUUACCGUCAGGGUGAAAAACCUUGACGAGAUAGCCACGGAUGUUGAGGUGCAGAACGCGCUGAGGGAUCUCUGUAAUAUCGGGACUGACCAGAUCUCGGUCAGGAUGCGCGACGGCCCUCCCAAAUCCGGGACACAGGUGGCCUUUGUGAAGCUUCCGGUUGCAGCAGCAAACGCCGCACUCAAGUGUGGGCGGCUAAAGGUGGGUUGGUCUAUCUGCCAGAUAGCCAUCCCCCAGCAGCCGGAAAGAUGCUUCAGAUGUGUGGAAUAUGGGCACAAAUCUUUUGCGUGUAAGGGCGCUGACAGAAGCGGGUUAUGUUGGCGGUGUGGCGAAGCUGGCCAUCAGGCGGCUAGCUGCACCAAAGACGCGAAGUGUCUCCACUGCGGCGUCGGCUGCACCUUCGCGGGGAUAGAAGCGGUUCAGCUCAACCUCAACCACUGCCAAUCAGCACAUCAGCUGUUGCGGCAGUUGGCAUUUGAGGAAAAGUUGGACCUGGCGUUAGUGGCAGACCCGUAUCGCAGGACCACGGAUGGCAGCAAUUGGGUAACCGAUAGAGCCAAACUGGCCGCGAUAUGGGUUACAGGAAGAUACCCCAUACAAGAGGUGGUUUCCGCUGGUGAGGAAGGCUUCGUUAUAGCCAAGGUCAACGGGAUCUUCGUCUGUAGCUGCUACGCCCCCCCGCGGUGGUCUCUGGAGAGAUUCGGCGUCAUGAUGGACAGAAUCGUCGAAGGUCUCACGGGUCGGAGCCCCGUUGUCAUAGGCGGGGACUUCAACGCGUGGGCCGUAGAAUGGGGUAGUCGCCUUACAAACCCCAGGGGACAGCUUCUGCUGGAAGCCCUGGCGAGGCUGGACGUUGACCUGGGGAAUGUAGGCAACACGAGGACCUACCACAGGAAUGGGAGCGAGUCCAUCAUCGACGUCACCUUCAGCAGUCCGGGCUGGACGAGCGACUGGAGGGUAAGCGACGUGUUCACCGAUAGCGAUCACUUCGCGAUCCGUUAUCGUGUGGGCACAAGUUCGCGGGCAGGUAGAAGAGGUACGACAACAGGAGCACGUCUCUGGAAGACAACACAAUUCGACCGGAACGUCUUUGUCGAGGUGUUAAACUGGGAGCGGACCUUGGAAAACCUGUCCGCGGAAAAUCUAGCGAGGGUACUCGCACGUGCAUGCGACGCUGCGAUGACGAGAAGGGCGAAGCGGAAGGACACUCGACAACCCGUCUACUGGUGGACGACGGAAAUCGCAGACCUGCGUACUAGCUGCCUUCGGGCUAGGCGACAUAUGCAGAGAGCGAGGUCCCCGUCAGCGAGAGCGGAGCGGAGAGUACCCUACGCAGUGGCGAGGUCUGCCCUCUGCAGGGCAAUUAAGGCGAGCAAAAAGGCACGAUUCAGGCAACUCUGCGAGGACGCCAACGACAACCCCUGGGGCGACGCUUACAGGAUUGUCAUGGCCAAAACGCGGAGCGGAGGUGCGCCACAGGAAUCGUGUCCGAUAAAACUGCGUGAGAUCGUCAACGAGCUGUUCCCACAGCAUGCGGAAGUGACAUGGCCGAGGGUCCCAUACGACUGGGAUACGAGCGACGAGGAGAGGAUUUCACUGGAGGAACUGCGCGACAUCGCUAAGUCCCUUCAGCUGAACAAAGCUCCGGGUCCGGAUGGCAUCCCUAACUACGUGGAUGAUAGGGUCUUCCCAGAUGAGUGGAAGCGGCAGCGUUUGGUGCUCCUGCCAAAACCGGGCAAGCCACCUGGUGAACCUUCAGCGUAUCGACCGAUAUGUCUGCUGGACACCGCUGGCAAGGUUCUAGAAAAGGUGUUGCAGAGUAGGAUCCAGCUCUACACCGAAGGAGCGAACGGCCUAUCCGACGAACAGUUCGGUUUCCGGAAAGGUCGUAGCACGGUGGAUGCCAUUCGACUGGUCAUCGAAAGGGCAGAUGAAGCCAGGUUGAGGAAACGGAGAGGAGAUCGGUUUUGCGCUGUGGUCACUCUCGACGUUAAGAACGCGUUUAACAGCGACAUCUAA